AAUUGAUAAAAUUCCGUCAUUAUACAUGUAGGCAUGUGUGUAUGUACAAACAUGUCCAUGAUAACAUUUCAACUUACUCUCCGCUAAUAAUAUAAUCAAGAAUAAAGAUAAUUUCUUUCAUUAAUGCUUUUACAGUCGAUUGGUAACAGCAAGAAAAGUCAAUUGACUUUCGCGAGUUGAUGUGUGAAUGAAAAGUGCGGAUUUAGCUUUGAUUUAUUGUUUUGAAUCACUUAUUAAUUCAUUAAUUAACGGGUUAUUAUGGCCAAAAUUUACCCCAGUCUCGAUUAUUUGCGCGAAGUGCACAACAACAGCCCCCCCUCGAAUUUAGAAACGAAUUGUGGACAAAUAUUUUCAAAAACACCGGCAAUUACGAAAGAGUUCUUGGACAUUAUUGAAUUGAAAGACAUCGCCCCUAAAAAAACUAACAUCUGCGGAUAUGUGUUGAAAACCAGAAGGAUAUGGGUUUUAUCCGGUCUGUUCCUUCUUUUUCUAUCUAGUUUGACGGGUUCUAUAGUGAUGUGGUUCACGGGUACCUUUGAUAGAGCAGUAUUAUCGAAUUUUGUAUUAAGUAAUAAUACUUUAGCUUACGAAAAUUGGAAAAUGCCGCCGGUGAGGCCCCUACUAAAAAUACAUUUGUUUAAUUAUACUAAUGUGGACGCUUAUGGAAAUGGAAUCGCAAAUAAAUUUAAGGUACAGGAUGUAGGACCGUUCGUAUACGAGGAAACAUUAGAAAAAGUGAACGUGCGUUUUCAUCAAGAUAGCACUGUUAGCUACCAAGAGAAAAGAUCAUACAAAUUCAGGCCGGACCUGUCUUCGAGAAAGACAACCAGCAUCCUAACCGUACCUAACCUUCCCAUGCUCGGUGCAGUAUCUGUCAACAGGUUUUCGUAUUACAUGGUCCGUUUGAGCCUAGCGACCGUAUUCAAUGGUAUCGGUGUUAGACCGUUUAUAAAUCUGCCGGCCCAUAAGUUUAUUUGGGGCUACGAGGACAUUUUGUACACCCUAGCAAAAACGGUAAUGCCCCUUGAAGAUGACGUGCCAGUGGGCAAUUUUGGACUUAUGAUGGCUAGAAACGGUACCUCGAAUGAUAUUAUAACGGUUAAUACAGGGGAGAAUGGAAUGUCAAAAUUAAAUUACGUAAACAGUUAUAAUGGACAAGGCUCAUUGCCGCAUUGGCACGGAAAAAGGUGUAAUAAAAUUGAAGGAUCAGACGGCAGUUUUUUCCCGCCUUACUCCGUGAGAAACAAGAGGCCGCUUUACAUUUACAAAAAGGAAAUGUGCAGAAGAUUGCCGCUGAUAUACGACAAAGAAGUGAACGUUUUUAAGGGUAGAAUUCCUGCAUACAGAUACGUAUUACCUAAAGAUAUAUUCGAUCUUGACGCUGAAGAAAAUAAAUGCUUUUGCCAAUCGAACGACGAAUGUCCCCCGCGGGGUGUAUUUAACGUAUCCGCUUGUGCAUUUGGUGCCCCCUUUUUUAUUUCUUUGCCGCAUUUUUACAACGCAGAUCCAGUGCUGAUGAAAAAUAUAGAAGGGCUGCAACCCGACCCGGAAAAACACGAUUCCUUCCUUAAUCUGCACAAAUUGGGCUUUCCGAUGGUUGGUGUAAGUCGAUUUCAAUUGAACGUGUUGGUUAGGAAACCGUUUGGAAUAUCACAUAUGGACAUGUUCCCUGAAGAAAUGUAUUUACCAGUAGCCUGGAUAGAAAUGAGUAUUUCUGAGGAGGAAAUAUCGGACGAUCUCAUGGACUUAAUCAACACUCUGACUUUCACCAUACCGAAUACCGAAUCUGCUCUGAAAUAUGGCAGUGUACUAACCGUCCUGGUUACCUUUUUUGCCAUUUUGAUUGUCCUCAGGAAUCAGUGGUUGGAACAGAGAGAAGAAUUAAGGAUAAGCAGUUCUUAUUAGACUAAAAAAUAUUACUCGUACUUGUAAAUAUGUUUGACGAAUCUAAGUAUUCAAAACAAAAAAAAAUAUGUAACAAUUGCCAUUUUAUGGGAACGUAAAAAUUUAUUUCUUU